UCAUGUACUUAAUAUUAUAAUAUGCAAAAAAAUUUCCAAAGAAAUAUUAUUUGAAAAAACUUCAUUUCAAAAAUGUUUCUUUCACUAAAGAGUGUAAUUUUUGUUGUCUCUUCAUUUUUUAUUGUCAGCUAUGUUGAGGCUGACAAGACAUAUGAAUUGCAAUUACAUAAAUAUUUGGUUGCGAAUUUAAGACCCGAGAAGGGUAUACUUAAACAAGAUUUGAAAAAAGGUAUAGACAAGUAUUCAUUUAAAUAUCCAAUAAAUAGCACAAGUAAAGAUGGAAUUGACAUAGAUUUGGCAUACAAAGGUGGAUAUAAAUAUACUGGAGUCUACAUCUGUAGAAAUGAAAAAAUGGACUUUUUCAAAGAACUUGACAGACAAGUAUUUUACAAUGGAUUUACAGGUGGCAAAUGUCCUUUCAAAAAGGAUAAGGAUAUGCAAUUAAAGGACAAAUUCUCUUUCAAAAUAAAAUCUAAGCAAGAUCUUACAGGUACAAUACUAAUGAGUAUUUACGUUGAAUAUUGGGAAACAUUUGAGAGAUCAGUGCGAUAUGAUGUUAUUGGAACAGCAAAGGCAAUAUAAAAUGUUAAUUUUCCAAUAUUUUUAAACAAUUUUUCAUAACAAAGAAAUUCCAAACUAUAUUGUUUUUGUAAUUUUUUUAUCGAUAGUUUCGAUAAAUAAAUGAAUUAUAUUCAAUGCA